AUGGCUUACACCGCUAUCUGCAAGAAGAAGGACUGUGGGAAUUUUGCUCCAUGGAACUGGAGCCCAGAGGUACGGGACCCCUCCCCCUCCCUUGAAAAGGUCUCCCUCCAAGAGACAAGAAGAGAGCACGCGGCAAAGUUGCAGCAGGAGGAGCUGGAGAAGGAGCAGGAGCGCCUUAAUGAGGAGCAUGACCGCAACGCGCCCAAAAUGCAAUACGAAGCCACGGAAUACCCCGCCACGCAGGGCGCAGAGUCGCCUAAGCUUCUCGCCAGGCAGGAAGACCAACCGACAAUCCACGUCGUAAAGGGCGCAUGUUUGAAAGAGGAUCGGGCUUGCGUUCCCGAGGAAGUGCGCCCUAUGAAUGAGCUGAACCGUGACGACUACGUUCGUGUCUCCGAUGUCCGCCGAAACUUUUACGACUGGUAUGGAGCGUUCAAGAAAACGCACGAGUCCGACGCACCAGAGCCACGGUUCCGUGUACGCGAUGUCCAGACGAUCCACAUCAUCACCCACGAGUGCGUUGAAGGAGACGCCGUUCGCUGCAUCGCACGUGAGGUCCCCGUCGGAUCCCAGCUUGACGGCAAGGACUACGUCCGCUUGGAAGACCUCGCUCAGCUGUGGGGUGGCAAGCUUCCCACUGGGGAUAGUGAUGUCCUCCAAGGACCCCAGCGCCCGCAGAUCUCAGGCAGGCUUGCUGCCCGUUACGCUCGGUCCGGACGUGGAGCGGCCCGUCCGUCCAAGGCUCUUGCGCGUCGGCAGGAGACGACGGUCACUCGGCCGAAUUACGAUGGUUACGGUAUCAAAUGCCCCUUCGAUGGCGACCAGUUCUUCACGGCGCCAAACGGCGAGAACUUCCAGAUCGUCUGUGGCUGGGAUCAUUUCGGCCGCGACAUCAAGCUGGUCCACACGAGCAGCGCCGAGCUUUGCGCCACGACUUGCUCCGAGACUGAGGACUGCCUCGUCACCUCCUAUGUGCCGUCGACGGGCGCCUGCUACAUGAAGAGCUCGCUCGCCCCUGGUGUCGCCAACCCCAACAUCAUCGGCCAGAAGUGCGUCAACUGCAAUGGCGAACAGGAUCCGGCGUCCUCGUCUGUGGUCUCGUCGACAUACGUCAUCACCUCGACCAUCACCUCGGCCAUCACCUCGACGCCCGCCAGCUCGACCUUGGUGAUCGCGACCUCGGCCGGGUAUGCGGUCAUCGAGCGCCCAGAGCCGCCCGUCUCGACUGUGGUCCUAGAACAGCCGGCCGUGUCUACCGUCGUCCUCCCGAACCCGGGCAUCUCUACCGUUGUGCUAGAACAGCCGCCCAUCUCUACUGUUGUGCUACAACAACCGCCCAUCUCCACCGUGGUCCUCUCAGCCCCGCCAAUCUCCACCGUUGUCCUCCCGAACCCGGGCAUCUCGACCGUGGUCCUAGAACAGCCGCCCAUCUCUACUGUUGUGCUCGAAGCCCCGCCCGUGUCUACCGUGGUCCUCUCGGCCCCGCCAAUCUCCACUGUCGUCAUCUCAGACCCGUGGGGCACCGCCGCCGAGACCGUCGCGGCCCCGACAACCGUCUUCACGACGUACGUCACCACGUUUUCGACAUCGACGGCGGCGCCGACGCUGCGCAGGCGCAAUGGCGGCCUCGAGAUCGAGGCUGCUCCGAGCAAUAUCAACCAGCUUCGUGUUGGUGGGGCUGUGGUGGCUGAGCCGGCUGCGCAGGAGACGGGCUCGUUUGGGAAGGCGAUUGAUAGGAUUCAUGGCGUUGAGGAGGCGGUUAGGGAGGCGGAGCCGGCGGCGACGGCAGGGUAUGUUGCGCUUGCUGGCGUGGUGGGGAUUUUACUGUUCUUGAUCAUCAGGGGGUGGAGGAAGAGCAGGAGGGAGGCGAGGGGCAGGGGGAGGGUGUGA